GUAUGGUACCGAUUAUAGAGAUAGUCUUUGGAGAUGUUUGCUUCUCGCGAUCUACGAUCUCUAAUCUAUAUUAAACUGCAUACGUAUUCGCUAUGAUCGGAUAAAUGCCAAUAACCUCGUUAUAAUUAGAUAACAGUGAUUCAUCGAUUCUUAUUCGCAGUUUCUUUUGUUGUUAUCCUUGAUUCAUGUACUCGUCAAGCCUCGAGACUCGUUGCAAGUGCAGUAAGACUAUAAAGGAGACAUAUCGAUCGAAAACGUUCCAAUGUUAACGAAUGCUUAACAACUACUCGACACGAUUUUAUUCCAACGAAUAAUUCAAAUCGUUUAAUCAACGUCGAAUAAACUCUGUAUCGCAACAGUAGAAUCUAAUUCAACGAUACCGAAUACGAUAUCCAAAAGUUAUCAGUGAAAUUAUAUAAGUCGAAUCAGUCGAUUCAGUUAGGAAAUAGUUUAGUUGCGUAUCAUCGUCAUCGAGCAUGAUGCCUAAUUUGCCUCCGACUAUUCACGAUUACGACGGCCAAGUACUAUUCCGUAAACAUCGAGUAACAUGUUCGCUACGUAUUCAAAUAUCACUUAGUACAAUCGUGUAAGAAGCAAAAGGAACGUUUACGUAUUCAGAGUAUUGAUAUUUCUUUUGUAUUCGAUUCGUCAUCAAUUAGCAUUUCUCAAUGUUCUCGCGCAGGUACUCGUUCGAUUCUCGAGAUUCUCGAAGAACAUAAAUAUUUUUUAUAUUCUUCGAACAUUUGUUUCCUUCGAUUUGCAACACUUAAAAAGAUCGCGUUGAAUUUUUGCUAAACGAUGUUCCUAAAAUAAAAUUAUUCUUCCCCACCACCCUAUCAAAUAUUCGAAAUACAGUCUUAUCAUACGUCGGCCCUGAAGAUCGCGAUAAUCGGUACGCGGGUUCUAGAGCACUCUGUCGCUAGAUCCACGAGCAUCUACGAGGAACUGGUCAGCCCCAGGAACACGAUUACACUGUACUUGAAUUCCUACUUCCUGGCGUGAUUUCAACCAUCGUCAUUUUUUUCUCGCUACGAUGGACACCGAUGUCGAGUCCUGUUUAAAAGACUGGAACGACUUAGCGAAAGAUUAUAAGGACUUAGAAGUAUUAAACAGAGAGUACCUUGCAAAAUUAGAGGAAAUAAGCGAACUUCAAGCAAAAUGUUUAAAAGGUAUUUCUCACCAGAGGUACAGGAUGGGUGUAAUAUCAAAAUCACUCAAACAGUUGCACGCAAGCGAUGCAAGGAAAAGUUUAGCUAAAGAUAUGGCCAGAAGAGAAGAGCAAUUACACGAAAUGGAACAGACAUUGCCAAAACGAAAUGGCACGUACCUUCAAAUUAUUUUAGGCAGCGUUAAUGUUUCCAUAUUAAACAGAAGUGAUAAGUUCAAGUACAAAGAUGAGUAUGAAAAGUUUAAGUUAAUCCUCUCUGUAAUUGGGUUCAUUCUAUCCGUAUUAAAUCUAGUCACCAAUGUCAGAACUUUGGAACUCAGUUUUAUGUUCCUCUUAGUUUGGUACUACUGUACGUUGACAAUAAGAGAAAGUAUAUUAAAAGUAAACGGUUCGAAAAUCAAAGGUUGGUGGAGAUUUCAUCAUUUUCUCUCAACCGUCGUAUCCGGUGUUCUAUUAGUAUGGCCUAACACGGGGCCGUGGUACGCAUUUCGACAACAAUUUAUGUGGUUCAAUGUGUAUAUUAGUGUAGUGCAGUAUUUGCAAUUCUGUUAUCAACGCGGUGUGUUAUACCGCUUGAAAGCAUUAGGCGAAAGGCAUAAUAUGGAUAUUACUAUCGAAGGUUUUCAUUCGUGGAUGUGGCGUGGACUUUCAUUUUUGUUGCCAUUCUUGUUUGUUGGAUACUUAUUUCAAUUGUAUAACGCAUAUGUAUUGUACACGUUAAUAUCCCACCCAGAAGCUACAUGGCAUGUUCCAGUCCUUAGCAGCAUGUUUUUAGUACUGUUCCUAGGUAAUUUGAUAACAACUUGUAUGGUAAUUCCUCAAAAAUUGAGACAACGUAUGAGAGAUCAUCUCCCGGGAGUAUUUUGUUCUAAACCCGAGCGUAAAGUAGAAGCGAAUAACGAGAAAGAUGUUAAAGAUCAAAAAUCCGAGUGAAAGGACAUUAGUACACCUCGAAUGCAAUGUUUGAUUAGGCGAGUAUGACAGACAAAUAAAGUACGAAGUAAAGUUGACGAAUGUGUGAAAAAAUCUGUGGAAAAACAUUAACGGUAUCCUGGAAAAACGAGUAGUUAGAUAUUUUAGUUCCGUAUAGACAAUUACAUAAUAUACCAAAAAGUAGUUGAAGUAUCGUAAAUGAUUCUUUCCUCUACGUGCCGACGUCUUUCUACAUGUAUCGCCGAGCAUAGAACUAAUUAUAUAUCAGCUAAUUGUAA